AAACGCUGCACAGCUUGUGCGCAAUCGGAACGGCAAGCUAACAGAUAUCGGGGAAGAAACAGAAGCAAACGGAGAAGGAAAGCAGAAAGUUGCGGUCCGUUUAAUCACAGCAGUGAACUGAUAGGAAAGAAUCGGACUCCGCUGGCGUUCAACCACACCUCUUCCCUCCCUCUACAUUCUCUCUUUCGUAAAGAGAGAAAAAAGAAAAUGUUCCGUCCGAUUCCAGAUCUGCAGUAAAGUAUACCAGUUGAGUGUGUUAAACGGAGCCCACAGGGGAAAUUUAGCAGUAGGACCAAGAAGACGAACAAAAAAUUAAAUAAACGUAAAUCGUUUGCGCAUUUCAGGGAUAAAAGGACACACAUUGGAGCCGUUUAAACAGGUGCAGUGCCACUUAGAUAACGGUCAAAUACGCUUCCUGAUGGAGAUCUCAGAUGUGCCAGUCGGUCUCAGAGAUUCGAAGCAAAUGCGUUGGUACAACGAGACUCUCCUGCAGACCAACUUCAGUGUGUAUAACGAGACAGACGCCUUUCUGCCAACAAGCGUGAAGAUCACCAUUGUUGUGGUCUACAUGAUUGUUUGCAUGGUGGGGCUCAUUGGAAACUGUCUGGUCAUGUACGUCAUCAUCAGGUACACUAAGAUGAAGACUGCCACUAACAUUUACAUCUUCAAUCUGGCACUGGCAGACUUUCUUGUUUUGGCCACACUGCCGUUCCAGGGAACAGAUGUCUUCCUUGGAUUCUGGCCGUUUGGGAACAUCCUGUGCAAGAUGGUCAUCUCCAUUGACUACUACAACAUGUUUACCAGCACAUUCACCCUCACCAUGAUGAGUGUGGACCGAUACAUAGCUGUGUGUCAUCCAGUCAAGGCACUGGACAUGCGUACGCCACACAAGGCCAAAGUCAUCAACAUCUGUAUCUGGAUCCUGGCUUCUGCCAUUGGGGUGCCUGCCAUGGUAGUUGGGGAUGUGGAGGUAGAAGUUACUGGUAUUGAGUGCAUCGUCGUACUUCCCGACCCACGCAGCUACUGGGAUCUCGUGUUUGGGAUUUGUGUGUUUCUCUUUUCUUUCCUCAUUCCUGUGGCCAUCAUCAGCAUCUGCUACAGCCUGAUGGUUAAGCGGCUUCGCAGCGUACGCAUCCUGUCUGGUUCCAAAGAGAAGGACCGCAACCUGCGACGCAUCACACGCAUGGUUCUGGUGGUGGUCGUUGUCUUUGUGGUAUGCUGGACCCCUGUCCAGAUCAUGGCACUGGCUCAGUCCCUGGGGGUCAACCUGGGGAGCAUGCUCACCGUGGUCCUCAUGCACUUCAGCAUCGCCCUGGGGUACGUAAACAGCAGCCUCAACCCGGUCCUGUACGCCUUCCUUGACGAGAACUUCAAGCGCUGCUUCCGUGAAUUCUGCUACCCCUCUGCCUUCCGGCUUGACGGGCAACAGUCGGGUCGCAUGCGGAGCAUCGCCCGGGAUGUGCCGUACAAUAGCAAGGCUGUGGAUGGUAACAUUAACCCUGCCUGACUAGGCGUGGAGCUGCCGCUGGUCAGCACGGAGCUCUCCAAGCCAGGCAACUCUAACACUGAACUCACCCAGAUAACAGCUCUGUAGCAUUAUAGGUGUCCCCACACAUGCCUAAUUGGGGACCAGAUAUUUAUGCUGACACAUUUUUUGGGAUUAAGGGGCUUUUUACCAAAUGUCUUUGGUUUGUGUACUUAUCUAAUUUACCUGUUUCCUUAUGAUUGCUCUCAGACAAAAAGAGAAAAAAUGAAUUACUUUCCAUUGCCUUAAAUUCUAUAUAAUUGCUUAUAUUUGACUUUUGACAGGUGUUAUUGUCAAUUUUAGUGCAUAAAUUGAUUUCUUUUUGCUAUCUAAAAAUAAAAAUUAACUGAGUGUCUAACUAAGCUUUUAGAUUGGCAAAAUAGUAAAGAAUUGUCUAUGCUCCUGUAAUUCUGUUAAACAGUAAAGAUAUGUUGUAUUAUAUUGUUUUAUAUUAUGCUUCAAAAUAGUGUUGUAUCAUACAGAUGCAUAGAUAUUAUGCACAUAGUUUGGUAAUUUAUAUAAAUUAUUACUGUGUAUUUAAACUGUAUUCCAUCUGUAACUCAGACCUGUAUAUUCUGAGUUAUGUUUAAUGCCGGAGGUACUGCUUAUCACUAUUACAGUUUACAUUUUCAAACUAUUUAGUGAUUUCUGUAUGUAUGUGAAUAUAUUUUAUAUAUAUGUACACACUAUUCAUCCAUCCAUUGUCUAUCUUUGGCGGGCUUGUGGAAUAUACACACGUUAGUCAAUUUUAUAUUUCAGUUAUGUGUACAUAUGUGAACUAGUACAUCAUUAUGUAUAUAAUGAAAGAUGAAUAAUGGCUUACGGUGUAACAUAAUUAGUUCUGUCUUAUAUAUUAUGUAUAGAUGCAUUUAUUUUGUUUUAUUCUUUGGUUAUUUUAUUGGUUAGCUGUUUGGUUGAAUUUGCUUACAUAUCUGUCUGUAUUUUACAUGUUCCUCAAACAAUGGUAGAUCCUUUAUAUGUAGCCUUCUUUGUUGAUUUCUGUCCAUUUUAUGUAACAACAUUUAAUGUUGGAUGUCUUUCAUUGCUUUAAAUGCUGAUAACUGUAUUGACAUGCAGAAUGCAAAAAAAAAUCAUUGAAAAAUAAUUUUAAAUAUAAAUAGAAAUAACUACAUCCAUCUUACUGUAUAUACUAUUCAGCAAUUCAUACAUGUAAUACAUCAAGGCUUUUAUCUUGAAAUUGUCAUGCUGUUUAGAAUUACUCAAGCAAACUUCAUCAAAUAUGCAGUUGGUUCCACCCCCAUUCAUAUCUACACGGGCCCCCCUGUAGGCUUCUGUAUUUGAGUUAAUUGAUUGCCUUACUUUUCAUUUACCUUCUAUUACAUUAGUUUCACAGCAUUUUAUGGAACACAUUGAUACAUUCUCAAAUGAAAAACCUCAAACAUGACUCUUAUAGAAUUCACUGCUAUGUAAUAUGCUUACCUUCAGGGCCAGAUAUCCUACUUUUUGUGAUCAGCUCUUUAUUAAUUCUCAUAUUUACAGUAAUUUACAACAUAUAAGUACAAAUGAGACCAAUACAGAGGAAUAUAAAAAUCCAAAGAAUAGAAAAAGAGAAAACAGUAUGGAAUGAUGAACCAGCCGGGCAUGACUGGAAUAGUAGCGGUUUACAAGAAUCGAGCUAUUAGUGACUGUUUGAUGGGCCAGUAAUAGAUUUUUAAGUGCAAUUACUAUAGCUGGUUUAGCUUCAUUUAUUACCAUAGUCCUUCGUUUGAGUGAGACUAUAUGUAAAUCGGGGUUAACCAGGUGCCCAAAAUAGUAUUUUGCAGUCAUUAGACCAGCAAAAAUGCACGUUUUGAGGUACAGGAAUAGAAUCCUGGUUUUUAUGAAUGUUUGUAAUAUUACAAGGAAUUGUGAAUCAUAGCUUGUUGAAUUUGCUUAGUACAAUUCCGAGCAUAAUUUUGUCGCUGAAAAUUAAAAUCUUAAAAUGUAAAAUAAACAAAAUGCUUUAGGUCAUAUAACUCCAUUGCUUAGUGUAUUUUUUUCUUUUUAAUAAUUUAAAUGUUUGAUCUAAUGUCUGAUAUGACACAAAAGGCAUCUUGUCAUCGCUGAUAGUUAUUGGGUUGAUUACUGUAAUUACACUCAUAAACAUUAACAUUACAAAUUAGGAAUGUUUUUAAGGGAAUCAUUGCUUCAAACUUUUAUAUUCCCAUGAAUUAAUGAGAACAUGGCUUUUCCAAACAAGCAUGAAAGACAUUUCGGUUUCUCAUUUUCAAAUUCCCAAAUAUCAGUACUGUCUGGAUCUGAAAACUAACAAAAAACAACUCUGGUAACGAUAAUGUGAGUGCAAAGAACAUGGUGACAUUUAAUAGUCGUAAAAGGAAGGUUUUUAGGGUGACCUGUAAGUUUAUUCAAGUCACAUCAGUGCUUUCAAUACGGGAUCUGAGGCAGAAAACGUGGAAAAGCAAAACCACUUAAAAUACGGAUCCCCCUCAUGUCGAUAAGCUACGCGUGUCAGUCGGAGAGUGAUGCCCUUGCAUAUUUACAGCUAUUCCUAUACUGUAUAGCAAUACCUCUGUGCAGAAAAGAAAAUUACAUAUUAGUAAUAAAUAUAUUUGUUUCUGCUUAUAAUCAAAAUAAUACACCGAAUUCAUCCAAUGGGGAACAGAAAUAGCGAGAGAGCCUUGAGGAAUGUGUCCCUGCAUUUAUCGCAACCUGCCCCUUGGGAAUGAUGCCUAGUAUACAUUGAAUCCCUGUCAGGCCCUUUUUUGUCCACUUGAAUUCAUUUUCCUUAUUACUUUCCAAACAGCUCUAACAGAAAAUGUCAGCUUAUUAACUCCUCUAACAGUUAUGAGUCCUCUUAUUAUCUUCUAGUUAUACUUUCUUUUCAAGAGUUGUCAGCUAUUUUUGCUGCUUUAGUUAUCAGUUCUGUACAAGGGUGACCUGCUUUAAAUAUGUGUAGCUGAGCAGACAUGUGGGAAUUACUUAUUUGAACCUAAAAAUUGGAACUGGAAAAGAUCCUGGUUGGAAUCAGAAAAUGCCAAAACUGCCAAAAUGUGUUAUAAACAUGUUAUAAGCCCAGAUACUGAGGCAUCAUAACCUGUAUUCAAAUGCAAGCCAAGCAACAAUUGAUUGCAGCAAUGAGCUCUAUCUGCAUUGUAACAAAUAUAAAAAUACAUAAAACAAUGAAAGUUAACAUUAAAUAUGAUACUGCACUUCAAUUUUAAAUCUGUUAUCAUAGAACAUCCACGAAUCAAUAAACCAUUUUCAUAUUUUACUUUUAACAUUAUUAUGUCAUUGAAGUACUGCUCUUUUAAUAUAUCUUGUACAAAUAGCAAAGUUUGACUGUUAAAACUUGAACAUUUUUUAUUAUUUUACCAACAUUUUUACUGAUACAUUGCAAAAUUGUAAUUUUUUUCUUAUGUAGGUUUAUAUAUAAAUAGGUUUUGGACCUACCCUGUUUUCAGUGAUAUGUGACGGCUCUGAUGCUGCCGAUCUAAUCAUUCAUUUUUGGGUGAUUUGAACAUGACUGUCAGUGUUGCACCCUCUCCCAAUAACAUCAGCUGCAAGGACUGUGCUACAAUGUCCUUGGACAUCUUAUGAAAUGACAAAAUACUUUUAAUCCACUAGGGAAUUCAGUUCCUAAUCUUAGAAGUACACAUUUCACCCAGUACUGGCUGUUUUAUGUAUUAGUUCUUUUGUUGUUGUUGUUUGGAAGUUGGUCUACUGAACGAUUUGUGUAUUGGUGGUUCCUUCACUUUCAUUUGAACAGCUUGGUCUCUCAUCCAACAAAGCGUUUCGGAAACUCUUCUGGCAUGAUCAUUAAUGCCUGUUGGACUCAUCUCACGCUUACUGGGUCUCCUUUAAAAAAAUUUGUCUCUUCAGUCAUCAUACAUAUUCACAUAGCCAGUGCAUGGGCAUAGAAAUCACUGCAGAAUUGUAGCAGGACACUUUGAGUACAACAUGCUUGUUUCUUCAAAGCUUCAUUCCAGCAAAUUCAGUUCCAAGCCAUCACCACGAGAAUAUGAAUAAAUCGCAUCAUUCAUAUUAUCUUUUGUAUUGAAUAGAUGUAAACCUACUGUUGGCACACAAUGACACCAUAUCUGUACAUGUACAAAGCUUUUUAAGUACUGGAAGCUACAAUCUGAUGCUUUAUACAACUUUAUUGUGAGUAUUCCCCACCUUAUUAAACUACUGUAAAGUCUCUUUAAUGCCACUCACUGCAGGCCUCCUGCCUUUAAUAUUCCAAGCAGGAUUCUUGGCCAUUUUCCUCCUGGCUGUACAGUAUAGAAUGUGACACUGAAAAUCAUAUGCGGUCAUAGGAUAAUGAAAACUUCGGGUCACGUUAUGUUUAAAUAUUUGCUCAUUAAAAGUUAUCUUAAGUAUGACCCCAUGUCCUUUCUCUGUUAGUCCCCGUCACUAUUUAUGUAAUAACAUUAGUCUUCUGUAAUACUUCUAUGUUUUCUGAGUGCACCUUAAUUGUCACGCCCCGCAUGCCUUUUCCCCGUGUUCUCCAUGGUGUGGCGCUAACGAGCCAUACCUGUUCCUCAUUUAACCCUGCCUUUUGAUUCAGCCCUCGUGUGGAUGAUCCUAGGUGCCUCUCGUCUGCUCCUCAUCUGUAGUGUAUAUAGUGCUUCCUCAUCCUGAGCUCUUCA